GUAUAUUAGUGGAGGUAUUAAACAGUAUCUGAAUCCAAGGUGACUUUGGUAUUUCAACUACUGUUCAACCGCUUUGAACCACCGUCUGUCAACAAUCUCUCUCCUCCGCUUUCCACUCAUCGAAGGGUUUGGAUUGUGGAGCUCAAAUUUUGAUGGAGGGCGUUGGAGGUGAGGGUCCUGGUGCCACAGCUACGGAAUCAGUGAAUCAAUGGGUGCAUAAUAUGUCGAGGCUUUUCCAAUUUUAUCUAGAUAAAACUACUCCACAUGCAGUUUAUAGAUGGAUUGGAACAUUUAUUUUGGCAUCUAUCUAUGCACUGCGGAUUUAUUAUAUUCAAGGGUUCUACAUUAUUAUAUAUGGUCUGGGCAUCUACAUACUGAAUUUGUUGAUUGGAUUUUUGUCGCCCCUUGUUGAUCCGGAGCUGGAACCUUCUAAUGGGCCUAUGCUACCCACAAAAGGUUCGGAUGAAUUCAAGCCUUUCAUUCGCCGCCUUCCUGAGUUUAAGUUCUGGUAUGCCAUUACGAAGGCUUUCUGUAUAGCAUUUUUCAUGACUUUCUUUUCCAUGUUCGACAUUCCUGUAUUUUGGCCUAUAUUACUAUGCUAUUGGAUUGUUCUAUUUGCGCUCACCAUGAAGCGCCAAAUCAUGCACAUGAUGAAAUACAAGUAUGUCCCAUUCAGCAUUGGAAAGCAGAAAUACGGUGGGAAGAAGUCUUCUGCAAGUAGUAGUGGCCUCCGUGGUGACUAGUCCAAAUGCAGGAAGGAAAAGACUGACAGUUACGAGAUCCAUUGUCUUAGAUUUUUAUUUGAAGGAAUGUAUAUUUACGUUAUAUUGGAUUUGGAACAUGGAGUUACCAAAAUGUAGAAUGGAAUCUAUUUUUGUAUGACUGGCAAUGUUAUCUUCUUGACAGAACUAUAAUAUGUACUCUAACCUCUGCAUUGUAGUUUAUGAUAAUUUUUUUGCACUGACAAUGUUUUACUUCCGAUCAAUGUUUC